GCUCACUGGGCUGUCAUGGAUCUUUUUCUGUUUCCAUGACUCGCCAGCCCCUCCUCUGGCUCCGAUCAUUUGAAGCUGAGCUCUUUGGCCAAACAGUACUUGCUGAAAUGUCAAUACACUACCAGGACGCCAGCUUGCAGGGUUCAUCAUGGUUUCCAGGCAGUGCAUGGCUUUGUUCCUCUGCUUCCUGCUACUGAUUCCUCUUUCUCUGGAUGCAGUCUUUCUAAAGCAGGAAGAGGCAAGCAGCAUUUUGCAAAGGCAAAGACGAGCCAACAGCAUCUUCGAAGAGCUAAAACUGGGGUCACUAGAGAGAGAAUGCAUGGAAGAGAAGUGCUCGUUUGAGGAAGCAAGAGAGAUUUACCGUGAUGAAGAAAGGACAAAAGAGUUCUGGCACAUCUAUUACGACCCUAACCAGUGUGACUCCAACCCCUGUCAGAACGGCGGGAGUUGUGAUGACCAGUUUCAGGAUUUUGUUUGCCGCUGUCCCAUCGAAUAUGAGGGCAAAAGCUGUGAAAAAGCCGUGGCUGACAAACUGAAGUGCAUUUACGACAACGGUGGCUGUGAACAGUACUGUACUGAUGAGCAGUCUGAAAAACGAGUGUGCUUCUGUGCGGAUGAUUACACUUUAGCGAGUGAUGGCGUGUCCUGCAUUCCCCAAGUGAAAUACCCAUGUGGAAAAAUACCAGUGCUGGCAAAAACAAAUGCAACUGCACGAGGGAGAAUAGUAGGUGGUUUAAUCUGUCCUCCAGGUGAAUGUCCAUGGCAAGCCCUUAUAAUACAGAACCAGGUAGAAAAGUGUGGCGGUACCCUGCUUUCCCCAGAGUGGGUGGUCACUGCAGCUCACUGUUUGGAGCAUACUCAUCCUGUACAGCUUCGGGUGAGGCUGGGUGAACACACAAUAAAUAAUGAUGAGAAAACCGAACAAGAAAGUGGAGUUGCCAGGAUAAUUGUUCAUGAAAGAUACGUGAACGGGCAAGUUGAUCAUGAUAUUGCACUCCUGAACCUGGAAACACCCAUGAAUCUCACCGACUAUGUGGUGCCAAUAUGUUUGCCUGAAAAACGGUUUGCAGUGUAUGAACUGUCCUCCAUCAAGUUCUCCACAGUGAGUGGAUGGGGACGCCUACUAGAUGGAGGUGCCACCUCUUCUGUUCUGAUGAGAGUCGAUUUGCCACGUGUAAAGACACAAGAAUGUGAAAAGGAGACUGAUUUAAAUAUUACAGAGAAUAUGUUCUGUGCAGGAGACCUGACCGGCGUUAAAGACUCCUGCAAGGGAGACAGUGGUGGACCUCAUGCUACAAAGUACAAGAACACUUGGUUUCUGACUGGAAUUGUCAGCUGGGGAAAGGGCUGUGCUGUUAAAGGCAGCUAUGGGGUUUACACAAGGGUAUCCAAAUACAUCGACUGGUUGAAGAAGCACAUGGAUUAAUAAUGUUGAACCGGAGCAUUUCCAGACGGUUUUGCUGGCCCUCAAUCCCUCUGCAUCAUUUUCCUAUUGAAGCAUUCCUUCAUUAUCUUAGCUGUGUGAUACAUGUUGAUAGCCACACCACUACUAAUGAUCUGAAACGGGCCUAAUGCUUACUUGAAUAUAUAAAAAACUUCCUUAUCGGU